AUGUCCGCUUCGAACCAUACUUUUGACGCGGAGAAGGGUGUCAAUGGUGGUAAUGGUUAUACCGGUGGGCCUGCGCUCCACCAUACCAUUUCUGCCGAUACGCAGCGUGCGUUCCCGGUCUACCAUCGGAAGCUAGCCAACCCUGCCCCACUCGGUCUGUUUGGAUUCGCGUCGACGACGUUGAUUCUCUCGUUGUACAAUGCGGGCGCUCGGGGUAUCACCACUCCGAAUGCUGUUGUAGGCAUGGCUUUGGGCGUUGGUGGACUGUGCCAGCUCUUGGCGGGCAUGUGGGAGUUUGCAACCGGCAACACGUUUGGUGCGACUGCCUUUUCAAUGUACGGUGGCUUUUGGCUGUCGUUUGGCGCGAUCUACUGGCCUGGUUCGGGAAUUCUCGAAGCUUACCAGGGUGAAGCUGCCUCUCAGCUCCCCAGCGCACUCGGUAUCUAUUUGAUUACAUGGAUGAUCAUCACGUUCCUUUUGUUUUUGGCCACGUUCCGGUCGUCGGUUGCACUCUCUGGCGUGUUCUUUUUCCUUAUUUUGACCUUUAUGCUCCUUGCUAUUUCGGAGUUUACCGGAAGUGCUGGUGCGCACAAGGCAGGUGGAAUCCUCGGUUGCAUUACGGCGAUGAUUGCGUUUUAUACUGGUUCGGCCGGGUUGUACAGUCCCGACGCAAGCUACUUUGUCUUGCCUGUGGGUGACUUGCCGAAGCGCCGGGAUGAUUAA